CGCAGACGCGGCACAGUGUUCGAUCGUUUAAAAAAUUUAAAUCUAUUGUGUUAGUUUAUUUGUAAAAGGUACACGUACAUUUCCUCGCAGAAGAUGUCUGGUGAUGUACAAACAAGAAAACGGAAAGAGAAGAGACGUAAAAAGGAUGAGGAUGACAGUGCUACAUCUGCACCUACCUUGGGAAAUCCUAGUGAAAAUUUAACAGACAACAUUACCAUUCAUGUUUAUAAAGAAAGUAUCACAGGUGGUCACUGGUGUGCACGAAUUAUAUUCUUUGUUCUAUUAGCUGUUCUUGUUGGCUUAAUUGGUGUAAUUAUAUUUGAGCACAGAGGUACUUCAGAUAUUGAUACACCAUUAGAAUCAUCACGCUGGGCUUUCAUUUUUGACGGGUGGGUAGAUGAUUCACUAUCUUUAUAUGGUGAUGAUUCGCAUGAUGAGAGAGAACACGAGGAAAGUAAAGAAAUUGAAAAAGAUGAACUGGAAGAUAAUCAUAAUGAAAAUAUAGAGUUACCAGAAACAAAGAUUUCCAAGAAAGAAGAAGAAGAAAAGAAGGAAGAGGAAGAAGAACCAGAUGAAGAAAUACAAAGUGAAGAAAACCAAAAUGAAGAAGUUCAAGAAAGUGAAGAAGUAAAUAAAUAUAAAGAGCAAGAAGAGGAAAUAACAACUGAAAAUGAAUCAGAUGAAGAACAAAAUAUAGAUUUUCUGGAUAAAGAAGAAUAUAUUAGCACAGAAUUAGAUCAUCAAAGAGAAGAUGAGGAUGAAAACUUUAGAAAAGAUAUAGAGGAAGAUGAAAAUAUCAGUCCACAAAAUUUUUAUGACACUGAUGUAUUAGAAGAAAUGUAUGGUAUUAGUAAAGAAGAGAGUAAAGGAAAUAUGUUAUAUGGAAUAGAAAACCAAUUUCAAGAAGUUGUAAAAACAUCCAUAAAUGAGGAUGUAUUUGAUACAUUUAUAGACAUUCCUGGUAUUAAUGAUAUUAAUGAUGAUAAUAUAGAACCUUUAGAAGAGGUAGAAAGUGUAGAACCUGAAGAAUAUGUUAGUGAUGUAGAUAAACAACCAGAAGAAGAAGAAGAAGAAUCCAUUAGUGUGACGAUGAAGUUUGGAGUUGGUGUGGCACUUGUUGUUGCUGCACAUUUUGUCCUUGUGAAACGGUGGAACAAUGAAGUUACGUUUGUUCAAACUGAAUCUCAGGUAGUUUCAUCUGAGCAAAAAAAAAAGGAAGAGAUGGUAACUACAGAAAAAGAAAGACUUUCUGAAGUAAGAGUGUAUAACCAAGAACAUGAAGAAGAUGAGGAGGAAGAGGAAGAAAGAGAAUUAGAACUUGGAGAGGAAGACGAAGAAGAGGAUGAAUUAGAUGAGGAAGAGGAAGUGGAGAAUGAUGAAGAUGAAGGUGAUAGUGAGAAGUGGGGUUGGAAAGAGGAGAAUGAUUCGGAACAGGAAGAAGAAAUAGAAAUUGAACAGGGUAGUAAGAAACAAAAAAAAGUAUCAGAAGAAGAAGAUGAGGACCAGGAAGAAAGUGAAAUUGAGAAUUUUGAUGACUCAGAAUUAAUUGCUAAACUUGAAGCGAAGUAUGGAAAGUUACAAAUUGUACAAGACAAUGAAGAAGAUACAGAACAGAAGAACGAAAUUCAGAGUAAAAGUGUGACUAAAAGGAAACGUAAUUAA